GUAUACAGUGUAGGCUAAAUGUAAACAAACAGUGACAGCUGUAUAUUCAUAGUUCCAUAACUUUUAGAUGUGAGAAUCUUUUUUGAACACCUAAACAAGCUGUUAUACUGUAUGAAGAUGAUGGAAGAAAGUUCAGAUGAGUCUGCCGAGCUUGUUGACAAGGAGGAAGCUGUUAGUGCAGAGAAGCUGUUUGAAGCGCAGCAGGCCUCGAAACCAGAUGAAACAAGUAUAGCUCCCCCAGCUCCACUGCCAAGUUUCCUGACUUCCCCUGGUGGAACUCCUACCACACCCCUACAGGCCACCUCUCCCAAAGUCCCAGUGACCCCAACGACCCCGCCAGCAACCCCUAGCAUUGGAUCGGCACCCCAAGGAGUCAGGGCAUCUAGCCCUCCAGCCCAGGGUCAGGUUAACAUCACUCCGACUGGUCCAAUGGUGCCAACACAAGCUACAGCAACUAUAACAACUACUCAUCAACAGAUCACUCCUCCAAUGCCUCAACAGAGCCCAUUCGAAGUAAGUUCUUCUAUAACAGUACCUGAGAUGGAGGUAGAGGAGGGGUCAUCAGUGGGAUCCUCUGCAGGGUCAGGGGGCCUGUUUGGCUGGAUCUCGGGAAACAGGGUACUCUCUAAGGUGGUGGAGAAAACCAAGUCAUCCAUGGAGUCAAUGAUCACAACACUGGACCCUGGCAUGAAGGAGAUCAUAAAGUCUGGUGGUGAUGUAUGUAUUCUGGUCACGUCUACGAAGGACAACAAGGUUGGGGCUGUCAGGGAGGCGUUUCAGACUGUAUUCGGCAGAGCUACUGUGUAUGGGAUGGAGAGCAAGGCUAACACAGCUGCCCAGCCUGUUGGCUAUACAUCGGGUGUUAAAGGUGCCGAGGAGAGGAUACAGAACCUGAGACAGACAGCCAGUGUACACGAUGACCAGCCCAUUGUGUCGGUGGAGGGAUUUAUUGUGGAGAUGCUGCCUGACAGAUGGUACGAAUUGAGCUGCCUAGUUCUUCAAGACCCUCACCACAGAAUCGAUUUGCAGACCUUCUCCCAGCCCAACCCCAUACCAGCAGAGUAUAUCUUGAAGGCCCAGGACCGCACCCCCAGUGACUACCCACUCAGGUGGUGUGGACUCAAUGUUACUAUUGGUCAGAUUGUAGAGGAGGCGUGUCCACACAUCGGCCAUGCUGAUUGGCAGGCAGGAAUUGUGGGUGUGUCCAGGAGGGAAUCUCUAUUUUUAGCUGCAAAAUUAUUGGCGUAUAUGUACAAGCAAAGACUGCCUACCACUUAUGUUUCAUAAUGAAUGGAUUUAUGAAAGUGUUAUUAGAGUAUUCAUGUACAUCCGAGUUGUUCAGACAUUUUGAAGAAAUUUGUCUCAUUUUCAUUAAUGUUUUGAGAGACUGUAUGUUUGAGUUUAACUCAUGAUUUAAAUGGUUUGUUUGAAUGGAGUACUAGUGUUUUAAAACUAAUAAAUAGUGCCAAUAGUUAGUUAUUACUUAUAAGUAUGUAUAUUGCUUAAGAUUAUUUAGCCUGCAUUCUGAAAACAAAUGAGUUACUUAAAUCAGUCAUGUAAGUUUUUUAAGUUUUUGAUAAAACAAACAUAAUAUUUUAUCAUUCUGAUUAUAUUAACAGGCUGUCCAGUGGCCCUUAAAUUUUUAAAAAAAAUUCAGUUUUGUAAAAUUCCUAAUAAAAUUCAAAGGCAAUUCCUAAAAAAGCCCUUAUUUUUUAUGUCAAUUCCUACUUUUUUCCUUUUUCUUCUCUAAUUGCCUUAACAGUUUUGAAAAUACAAACUAAUACACUCACUAUUUUAUGUUUAAUGUGUCUUUUAUGUAGUUUACAGUUCUUAUUCAGAGUAUAUUCAAUACAGUGAAUGGCAAAUGACCAGUAGAUCCAUGUCAGGCUUGUUUAUUGGUUGUGACCUUGUGCAUGUUGUGGCAAAGAUUUAAUUAUAAUGGUUAGAGCCAAUUAACAGCUGAAACAAUGGAACCCGGGUGUAUGUCGUUCCUGUACUUAUAGUUUGUGAGUUUAUUUCUUGUUAAAUUUGCAGAGGUAAGUCCAUUAUGAUGUUAACAUCCACCAUAUUUAGCCCUUAAUUUCCUAAUUUAAGCCCUAAAUUACCCCUAAAAAAAAAAUUUUUUAUCCCUAAAAUUGGCCCUUAUUUCUUGCCAAAAAGUGCUGGACAGCCUGUAUUAAUUCUCAAGAUCACAAGUAUAUUGCUGAGCAUGGCUGAGGUGAUGGUCUACACUCUACAUGUAUGACAUAAUACAGCAAUAUUCUCCCAGAUGACUGUAUGUUUUGCAUUACUCAUUAUUAUAUUGUAUUUAAAAGGGUCAAGCCGUUAUAAACAUAUAAUAUAUUUAAAAGUUUUAUUUUGCAGUACCUUCAUUCUUUUUAUUGUAGAUGAAAAUAUUUAUUAACUGUGAUGCUUUUGAAACAAGUGGGAUUAAAAUUGGAAAUGAA